AUGGCUCAUUCAUGUGCUCUAUUCCUCUUUGCUCUCAUUGCUACUAUCUUCUCAACUAUAGCCGUGGCAAAAGAUUUUGUAGUUGGAGAUGAAAAUGGCUGGACACUUGGAGUUGAUUAUCAAGUUUGGGCUGCAAACAAGGUCUUUCAUCUCGGAGACACACUCACAUUCAAUUAUGUUGCUGGUGAGGACAGUGUGGUGAGAGUAAAUGGAAGUGAUUUUCAGAGUUGCUCAGUUCCUUGGGCAGCACCAGUGUUGGGUAGUGGACACGAUGAAGUUGUAUUGACAACAUAUGGAAGAAGAUGGUACAUUUCAGGUUUUGCUAACCACUGCAAAAAUGGACAGAAGCUUGUCAUAACCGUCUUGCCAUCACAACAAUUACCUUGGUCUCCAGUACCUUCACCUUCACCUUCAUCCUCACCCUCACCUGAGGAUGCACCUUCAUCCUCACCUGUGCCUGCCCCUGAAGCUGCACCGCCUUUGAAUGCACCAUCCGCCACUGUUCCUCGCAGAUCCCUGCUGCCAAAGAAGCUAUUCAAAAUUAUUCACAGAAAUCUGAUAGCUGUUUGA